AUGCAACCACCGUCAAAUCUCGAAGUUAUACCAGUUGGCGUCGAUGAUGCUUCUUCUCUAGUAUCUGCUUCUUCAACCGUUAUCGAAAUGGCCACCUCGGUCAUUGCCUCGGCCGCUUCCAUGGCUACAUCUGCAGCCGCGUCGGCUACGUUUAUCUCGUCCGCACCACCAACACCAUACGACGAAAAGGAGUCCAACGGAGAAUGCUCGUUAUUAGGUUCCUUCGCGCUUCUUGUGCAAGGCGCACUCGGUGCUUUGGCUUUACUUUCGCUCGUAUAUAAACGAUGGAGGGAACGGCCUCAGCGACCUCUCAAGAUUUGGAUAUUCGACGUUUCCAAGCAGGUCUUUGGUUCCGUACUUGUGCAUAUCGCAAAUAUCUUCAUGUCUAUGUUGACAAGCGGUCGCUUUUCGGUCCAAGUCGAUCCGUCAGCAUCAACCGUUACUACGCGUUCUGAUGACGACGAUUAUGCUCCCAACCCAUGCUCCUUUUACCUCCUCAACCUCGCCAUCGAUACCACUCUCGGUAUUCCUAUUCUUAUCGUCCUCCUCAAGAUCCUUACCGGUCUUGUCCGUUUUACACCCGUUGGCCAACCCCCCGAGUCCGUUCAAUCAGGAAACUAUGGUAGCCCGCCAAAUGUCUGGUGGUGGUUGAAACAAUCUGUCAUCUACUUUUGCGGUCUUUUCGGUAUGAAGGUCUGCGUUCUCAUCAUCUUCAUCAUGAUGCCCUGGAUCUCUAAAGCCGGCGACUGGGCCCUUGGCUGGACAGAAGGCAACGAGAAGCUGCAAAUCGCAUUCGUUAUGAUGAUAUUCCCUCUCAUCAUGAACGCCCUGCAGUACUACAUUAUCGACUCGUUUAUCAAGCUCAAGGACACCGACUACGAAACCGCCAGCUCCAACGAACCUGAUGAUGAGAGUCGGCGCAGGAGAUAUGACGAUGACGAGGACGAAGCUUCACGCGAUAGACUGGUCCAUUCUGAGCACGAGACCGAUAGCGACUCGGACGACGAGGCCGAUAAGCCUGUCGCGCGUUCUGCGCAAUCUUCUCGCCAACCUAAAGCAAGAGACUCUGGAGAGUACGAUCCUGAGCGCGAUGGUGACGAUCGGACCAUCAUAGGAAGUAGUUCGAGCGCCCGCGGCCCAAAGGACAAGGUACCCCCGGAGCUGUAUCCUAAGGAAUAG